UCACUCGCGCGUUAGAAGGCUCGGGUCGUUGUGCUGCGCUGUCUUCCCGCCUGCGUCAGGGACCUGCCCGGCUCGGUGGCCGCCAUGGCGUCGGACGAGGGCAAGCUCUUCGUUGGGGGGCUGAGUUUCGACACGAACGAGCAGUCGUUGGAGCAGGUCUUCUCCAAAUACGGGCAGAUCUCGGAAGUGGUGGUCGUCAAGGACAGGGAGACACAGCGGUCGCGGGGCUUCGGGUUUGUCACCUUUGAGAACAUCGACGACGCCAAGGACGCCAUGAUGGCCAUGAACGGGAAGUCUGUGGACGGGCGGCAGAUCCGAGUGGACCAGGCCGGCAAGUCCUCCGACAGCCGGUCCCGUGGCUACCGCGGCGGCUCUGCCGGCGGCCGGGGCUUCUUCCGCGGGGGUCGCGGCCGGGGUCGCGGCUUCUCCAGAGGAGGUGGGGACCGGGGCUACGGGGGCGGCCGGUUCGAGUCCAGGAGUGGGGGCUACGGGGGCUCCAGAGACUACUACGGCAGCCGGAGUCAGGGCGGCGGCUACGGCGAGCGGAGCUCUGGCGGGUCCUACAGGGACAGCUACGACAGCUACGCUACACACAACGAGUAAAAAUCCUUGCUGCUCAAGAUCGUCCUUCCAUUGGCUGUAUAUUUAAAGAUUUUGGGAGCUUCGCUGAACCGUUAAUGUGUAGUGACCACAUCUCCCUGCACCCCACUUUUGUAGUUCUCUCGGUUCUCAUCUUGUCAAACAGCCUGACUGCUGCAGACCCCCAUGGCCCCCUCACUAGACUUUUCAUUCUAAGGAAGCGCUGUCCCUUUCCAAGGGUUUUAAAAACGUUUUGGAGAGCACUUCAGAUUUUGUUUUUUUCUUUUUACUGUGAGCCAUGAGUUUUUAGAAGAUCAUCGGGGGUCAUGUGGGUUUGUUUUACUUUAGGCUGUGUUGCCUUUUUCGUUCCUUUUUUCAGUGGGCUUGGUCCUGUGAACUUGGGGGCCCUGAUUCGUUUCUCUUUGAGAUCGAACGGACUCUGAAUCCCUUCUCAUUCGGAAGCUGAGGGUGCUGGGGCUUUUUCCACCUCCAUGUCCCAUUUCUGAGGGUAGCGUGGUAGGACCACCCGGGGCAGCAGCAGAGGCGCCCCACUGCCCCAGGUCCGGCCUGGACGGCCCGUGCGUGCUGUGUGACCCACAGUAAAUGGGCAGAUGUCCUCGGAGAGGUUCUGGAAACUGUUUAUUUAUAUUGUCCUUUUUUACUGGAAGACGUAUGCAUAUGCCAUUGCUGUUGUAUUUGAAGUGGGUAAGGAAUCCUUGUACGCAGUUUUCUUUGGCUUUACGAAGCCGAUUAAAAGACCGUCUGAAACGAA